AUGACGCUGCUCUUCUUCGCGUUCGUGAAUGCCUCAACCGCAUUCGUCAAAGGCCUCAACUUCAAAGUGCAAGAGGCUGUCGUCCAGCAAAAGGCCCUGCAAAAGGAUCUUCUGAAGAAAAAGACAGAGUUUCUGGACCAUGUUCCUGCCUUGGUGACUGCUCUGCUGUACUUCGCAUAUGUGCAAACGAGCAGCUAA